GUAUAUGGGUACGAAUAUUUGAAUGAUGAUGAUGAUGGAUAUUUGACCUGGUAUGUUGGUAUGGACCCGACUCUUACUGUCCAUGCCAAAUCGCUAGGCCCAAACGGAAACAUCGGACGUAGAUUGUUGUCGAAAGAACCAAUGUCCUUGGUUAUGAAUUUUGGUAUUUCCAACAAUUGGGCCUACAUCGACUGGAACGCAUUACAUUUUCCUCUUACCAUGCGUAUUGAUCAUGUCAGAAUCUAUCAACCAGAAGAUGCCAUCAACCUAACCUGUGAUCCGGAUGAUUACCCAACCUAUGACUACAUCGAGGCACAUCCAAAAGCCUACCAAGACAACAAUCUCACAUCGUGGUCAGAGACUGGUUAUGACUGGCCUAAGAAUUCACUUGUUCACAAUUGCUGA